AUGGGAUGCCCUCAGGUGUCAAAGACAUGGACUUGGACAGUUGAUAUGGUCUCCAUCCUGGUCAAUUUCUCGGGGGAGAAGCUGCACGAUAAUCAACAGAUGGCUUCGAGUUUCUGUUCCAGCAGCCCAGCUGGGCAGCUCAUACGUGUUGAUGAUAUCCAGAUCGACGAACCGCGAUGCAGCUUCACAGCGAGCAUCGAGCAACGGAACAUGGACCCCUCGAUCAAGCUCGAGCCGAAAGCCAGUCCCGUGGAGAUCAGCGAUCAGCGAUCUGCGCGCGGAAAUGUCAAUUUGGAAGUUCGGGGUGACGUUGACAAGAACUCGAGGAUCCCCCGUCGUCAUCACGUGUGCCGGCCCCCCGAGUGGCCGCCCAGCCCGUCUGCCCAUCCCAUGCCAUGGCCGUGGCCCAUGGCCCCAUGCCAAAUCCGGCCGGGCCCCCUGAAGCGAGUGACAGACGGCAUUGAGAAAUCUAACGGCAUCUCAUUGGACUUCGGCGCUGUCCUUCUUAUCUCUUGGCAAAGGCCCGCCUCUGCAAUUAGCCCGAGAGCUUGUUUCGACUUGACCGGGGCCCAUUUCCACAUCUGUACCAUGGCAGUGUCUAGUCGGUAG